UUCUCCUUUUCGCUCCCGCCAUUUAAUCGGCUCUUUUGUUGUGUUCGCUUAGGGUUUUAUCGAUCUAUCGGCGUUUCUCUCUCCCCAAAAACUUUACUCAUCAAUGGCGAAAUCGGAAGAAGAAGAAAAACCCGACAGUCUCGAAAUAGUUUCAAUCGGAUCGCUCUACAGUGGACCAUGGAACAAGAAGUACUGGAGCAGCUCCAGGGGUAAAGAUCGCUAUCCUUAUCCUGUUGGAUACCAUGCUGCUCAAGGUCAUCAUGGGAGCACAUAUCAGCUGGAAAUCAGUGAAGGUCUAAAAGGGCCUUUAUUUAUGAUCACUUCUCCCACAGGAGAUUCAUUUUCUGGGCAGACUCCAGAUAUUGCAUGGAAUAAAUUUCAGAAGAAAGGUUGCCUCGUGAAGAUUUGGCCUGGAAAGAGAUUUUCAUGCAAGAUAGAUGGUUCAGAGUUUUUUGGGUUCAAAAAUCCUUUAGUCCAGAGAUUACUUCGGGAACUUGUAGCUAAUGUCAGUGGAACAACUGAACAGAGCUUGCCAUCUUCCAGUUUCUGCAAUGUAACUUCAACAGAUGAGCACGAUAAUCGAUGCCUAGAUGCUUGUACAUAUCCCAAUUUACUUCCAUACUCAGCAAUACCAAGGGUUACAGGAAAGAGAAGUAGGAAACCUGAAAAUAUGAAGUCAAAGUCAGUUACUCACCUGAAAAGAUCCAGACCUCAAGAGAAAGCUCUUCCCACUGUUGAUGAGAACGGGGUUGCUAGUUCAGGAAAGUUCAGAUUUACUAGUGCAGGCAACAGUACCAGUACAGAGGAAAAACCUUUAUAUAGGUCACAAGAUAUUAAUCUGCAAGAGUUCAGUUCUCCAAUAGCAAUGGGAAAUGAAGAUGGAGAUGAGCCAGUUCCCAAAAACUCUCCUGGUUUAUGUGGUAUGAAUCUUUGUGCCCCUGACACCUUAGAUUCUGGGCAAGAUACUAUGAAUUCUGCUCCAAGAAUCAGGGGUCAAAUUACUUGCAAUGAGAAGUUGGAAAUCAAUGAAGGCGAUAUAGUUUUUUCUGAAGCACAGAUAACUGAAUCACAUGAAGAAGUAGGCACAUCUGUUUCAAACAUGAGUUCUGGAAAGGGCGGUUCUGAUUCAGUUGACCAGGAGAUGGUCAAGUUAAUGAUGACAGUCUUGCUCCCUCAAGCGAUUCCAUUGCUCAAGAAGAAUCCAAAAAAGAAAAAGAAGUCUGCCACCACCUCGGAGAGUAUUACCUGUAGGCCAACAUCUGAGAAGGGAAAUGAAAAACCUCAAUAUUUCACUGAUGCUCAGCCUCCCACUAUAGAUCUUGGUUCAGUUGUUCCUGCUUUCGAACAUGCGAAGUCAGUUGUUCUUGACAGUUAUGAAGAUGAGUCCAGGGAUCAUGUUGACCAGCUUGAAAUUUCUUUCAGAAGUGCUAAUCAAACUAGUUCCUAUAAUGACAGUCAUCCCAAUACUGAGGAACACUUUGUUAGUGCAGAUAUCAAGGAGUUAUCGAUUUGUCAUGUUGAAACUUGUGGGAAUAAAGAAAUUUUCUGCAAUGAUGAAGUGCACAUGACAAUGAGUGAAAGACAUAUCAAAGCUGAUGUACUGAUGUCUGAUACUUGUUCAGGUCUUCUUUCUCCCAAAAAGAGAUGUUUAUACGAAGAAAACCAGGACCAGACUGUUUGUUCUAAUUUAGAAGAAAAUCUGGGAGACAUUGAUAUCCGUUCUGAGGAAAAAGAGCUCAAGUGCACACCAGAAUCUACUGAAGGUAAUGAUAAAAAUAAUGUGAAUACUAAUUGUAUGGAAACUUCUAUCCAAUCACCAAGGAAAAUUUUAAAUGUUGAAAUAGGGGUUCUUGAAAUGGACCGUGCAUCUUUAACUGAACUUCCAUCCAAAGUAUAUACUAGAAAGAAACUUCGGAACAAAGAUGGUGUAACGAGAAAUUUCGUAGCUCCACUGGCGGCAAGUAGCAAGCGCAGAAACUUUGAUGAUGGCCCAGACCUUGAAACAAUGGAAUCACCAUGCGCAUUUGAAAGUCACCAAAUUACUAGUACUGACAAACCUUAUACAGGCGAUAUACUUGGUGCUGAAGUGAUGCUUGGGGAACAAUCCCAUAGUCUGCAAGUAGAAAAGACUACUACAGAUUCCAAAGCUCUGUUGAACAACGUGGUACUUGUUUCUCAUCAUAGUAAACUGGAGCUUCCAGAGCUUGGAACUUCCCCAUCAUUUCAGAAAGAGGGAACGUCUUUUUCUGACAAUAGCAUGUCAGUUGCUGGUGAAGUUCAAGCAAGUUUGGAUUUGAAACUUGAUAGUAAACUGGAGCUUAAAAAUGAACUAGAGGGAAAGGUUGACCUCAUCGGAUGCUAUUUGCACCCCUUGCCUGUUACAUCUCUAUUGUUGAGAACAAAAGGGAAUAGCAUCUACAUUUGUGUUUUAUGUGGCCUUCCCAAGGAUAAAAACAGAACCCUCUUUUCUUAUGAGUUAACUACUAGAGAAUCUGAGCUAGGAUUCCCUUCUUUUGUUGGUCACACAUCAGUAACACUACCAUUUUCAAUAGAAAACUCCGACAAAGCGAUUGCACAUGAAAGAUCAGUUUUGCAGUUCACUCCAGAUGGGCAGUGCAUUGUUUUACUUGACAGUAUAAGAACACCGUACUGCAGGGAAGGGAAACUAGAUUGUUGGUGCUCAACAUGUUCACCGGAAUGUUUUGAGGACAAUGCUGUGAAAAUUGUGCAAAUAAAGGCUGGUUACGUUUCAGUUGUGACGAAAUUGAGAACAGUGGAAAAUGUGCAGCUUAUAUUGGCAUGUGAACCUAGUCAUCUUAUUGCUGUUGGUGAGAGUGGGAGACUGCAAAUUUGGGCUAUGAAUUCAACAUGGAGUACAGCGACAGAAGAGUUUGCCAUACCAUCUAAUGAUUGCUUUUCCCCUUCAAUUGUGGAGUUGAAAAGAAUUCCUAAGUGCGCUUCUCUUGUCAUUGGUCACAAUGGUUUUGGCAAAUUUACUAUAUGGGAUAUUUCAAAACGAACCUCUGUGUCAAGGUUUUCUACUCCAAGUGCUUCAGUUUUUCAAAUAUCUCCAAUCUGUUUGUUCAGUUGGGAAAGCAAAUGCUGUUUCAUCAGUAAUCCUACAGUGGAGGAUCACAUUGAUGGGAUCAUGGCUGCAACAAAUAUGUGUAUCUCAGGUCACAGCGAGGGGCACAACUUUCCACCAGCAGAUGGGGAAGAUGUUGCUGUGUGGCUUCUAAUGUCAACUGCUUCUGAUUCUUAUGAUCAUCAUGGCUUUGAGGCAAGUAAUUGUCAAACAAAUUCAGUUCGAUGUUGGAGGCUUGCACUACUUGUGAAAAAUAUGGUGAUCUUUGGCAGUGCAUUGGAUCCAAGAACUAUUGUAAUCGGUGCUUCUGCUGGUCAUGGGAUCACUGGUACAUGUGAUGGACUUGUGUAUAUGUGGGAAUUGUCUACGGGAUGUAAACUUGGUUCUUUGCAUCACUUCAAAGGUGGCAGUGUUUCUUGUAUCGCCACAGAUGAUUCAAGUUCAAAUGUCUUUGCAGUGGUUAGUGAUGGAGGUCAGCUGCUUGUUUUUCACAAGUCACAAACUGCUGUUCUUCAUUCUUGAUAUAUGGAUUACUUUUGGCAUACUAUUAUACAGAAGUUCCUGUGAAGGACUUCCCCCCCUUCCCUAGCAAUUGGCUAAUGUGAGGGGAAAGAGACGAUUUCUUUGUUUCUCCAAUUGUCCUGUAUGCUACACCAUGAGUUCGCCAACCUUGAAUUAUCUACUGGAGUGUAGAUCAGUACGAGUAAUGCAAGUGAAAAGAAUAUAGGUGGCAUGAGUUACAGUUACUGGAUAUGUUGGCAAUUUGGCAGGUCAUGGUUUGAUUUUGUACAACUUUACAAUCGCCAUGCCAAUUUUCAGUCGAGGAUAUAGGGUCCGUUUGGUAGUGCGUUGGGCUCCUGUCGAGUUGAGGCGGAAGUGGCUGCGUUGACACUUGACAGUUACAAAAGCACCAUAGUUUUUUAAACUUGGAAGCAUUGUGAUUGGCCUUGUUAAAACCUUUAUUUCCAAAACUAUUGGUAAAAUUGGAUUCCUUGGUUCAGAAUUUGUGAUUAUGGAAACAAGUUGAAGUUGAAUUCUCUCUUAUCUCAACUUUCUGU